AUCAAUUAAUUAAUUUUUUUUUUAAUACUGGAAGCGAGGCUAGCCCGGAUGUGACUUCAUCUUAUGUGUCUCGGUCCAGCCAGGUCCGCACAGAUAAUACUUCAUAUUAUUGUUGCGCUUCAUUCGUGACGUUACAUUAAAUCGCUAGAAAGAUACGUAAGGACCAGCGGACAUGACGAGCUAUGCAGCCAACGUGUUUCGCAAGGUGGAGAGGACGUGCUACCACCUCCCCGUCAUCUUCAACACCUUCCUGGUCUUCUCCAUUACCGGGGAGGUGAGCUACCUGGUGCUGGUCGAGGCUCCGCUGGAGGCGGACCAGAAGAGGACGGAGUGGUCCUCGCUGUGGAAAUCCGUGCACCUGCUGGCCCAGUACGUCAUGCUUUGCAACAUAUGCUGGAACGCCGUGCUAUUUGUCCGCACCAGCCCCAGCAUCAAGGGGGUGUUCCUAGGAGGGGAUAGUGUGGGACAGGGAUGGAGGUACUGUUAUACGUGUGAAACACACACUCCUCCACGCUGCUCGCACUGCUACGAUUGCAACGUGUGUGUGCUGCGACGGGACCACCAUUGCGUGUUCUUCGGGCAGUGCGUGGGUUUCCGUAACUACCGUUACUUCCUCAGCUGCUUGCUGUUCAUGUGGUCGGGGCUACUUUACGCCACGCUGAUGAACGCUGAGGUCUUCAUCGUCAUAUUGAAGGAAGGCGUGACUUUGCACAGCGUCUUCCUGCUGAUGAUACCCUGGAUCAUGCUGGUUUCAGGUCUCAGCACGUGCCUUCGCCUUCGCCUUCAUUGCAGACACGUGCGUCGUGGGCUUCCUGUUGGUCUCUGCCUUCUUCUUCUUCCAUCUUUUCCUGCUUUUCCGAGGACAAACCACAAGGGAGUGGUACUCGUCUCGCCGCCCCUACAACCUUGGACUCUUGGGCAACUUGCGUCACACCUUUGGUAGUCGCUGGUACCUGUGCUGGCUCUGUCCGCUUAUCCCGUCACCUCUAGCUGGGGAUGGGAUACACUUCCAGAUGACGGGAUCACUCGAACCUACCCAGUAAUAACACCUGGGGUUGGUUCUGUUCAGCAAAGGCAUGACUGACAUACUUUUGUGAAGGCUAGACUCUUUGACUGUUCCCUCUUUUCCUAACAGGAAUAGUCAGCACCAAAAAGUUUCUAUGUUCUGUUUUUCCGGCAUUUUUAAAAAAAUUGAAAGUUAUGCAGUUCAAUUUCUCAUUUUACUCUGAAAUUAAAGCACAGAACAAAUAAACUAUUCAAGUUAAAAAAUAUCUCAUGGGUUAGGGUUUGAAAUAUAUUUUUGUUUUUAGAUUGAUUCUAAAAACAAAAAUCUAUUUUAAACCUUUGACUCAUUGAAGUAGCCACAUUGGGCAGAUGUAAAAGCUGAACACAUUCUUGGCAUAAUCUCUAAAAUGGAAAUCAAAUAUUCUUCAGAAAGUUCUUCCCAAUUCUGUUGUGGAAGUUCCCAUAACUGUGGUGCUAUUCAUUGGACUUGAACUAUAUGACUUUCAGUUUUUAAGAAAAAAAUAAAUAAAUAAAAAUUUGCAUGUUAUGAAACUUUUGACUGGUAGCGCAACUAGCCUAAUGUUUUAGAACACAACCAAGGAGGACACUUCUGUUGAAAAUGAAUCAUAAAAACGCAAGACUGGUAUUUGCUGAACUGCAUGUUGACAAGCCACAAAGUUUCUAUGAACAGCCUGGCAAACUGGAACUUUCUGGCAAGGCACAUCAGCUCUAUGUUCACAAAGGCAAAAAUGAAGCAUACCAAGAAAAAAAAAAAACACCGUCCCUAUUAUGAAAUUAUGGAGGAGG